UACGACCAGAACCUUUCGCCGGUGCUGGUGCUGUAUGAGCCCAGCCACUAGAUGGCGCCGGUCGAGAUUGUUCCGUACACAGCGGGGCUGGAGGUCAGAGUUGAACGUUUGACAGAAAGCUGAACAUGGAUUCCAUAUUUCACGAGAAACAAGAGGGCUCCCUUUGCGCCCAACACUGUCUUAACAACCUGCUACAAGGAGAGUAUUUCACUCCUGUGGAUCUAUCCUCAAUUGCUCAGCAGCUCGAUGAAGAGGAGAGGAUGAGGAUGGCAGAGGGAGGUAUGGCCAGCGAGGAGUACAGGACCUUCUUACAGCAACCAUCAGGAAACAUGGACGACAGUGGGUUCUUUUCCAUACAAGUAAUUAGCAAUGCUCUUCGAGUGUGGGGCUUGGAGCUAAUCCUCUUCAACAGCCGCGAGUACCAGAGCCUGAUGAUAAAUCCAAUAAAUGAAAAAGCCUUCAUUUGCAACUACAAGGAGCACUGGUUCACUAUACGCAAACUUGGACAACAGUGGUUUAACUUGAAUUCCCUUUUGACUGGACCAGAAUUGAUAUCAGACACCUAUCUAGCCCUUUUCCUUGCACAGUUACAACAAGAAGGGUAUUCCAUAUUUGUGAUCCGAGGAAACCUUCCCGAGUGCGAAGCAGAGCAGAUUCUUGGAAUCAUGAGGGUCCAGCAGCAGCAGCGGCCCAGACUGAUUGGAGAGGAGGAGGCCCAGACUAGUUCAGGCAGGUCAGUUGCUCUGGGCCAAUCAGAGAUGGGCUUUGGUGUGGAGGAUGAAGUUGUGGAUGAAGAUGAAGAACUGAAGAGAGCUUUAGCACUCAGUAGACAGGACAUAGAUGUGGAAGAUGAAGAAGCUGAUCUUCGCAGGGCCAUACAGCUCAGUAUGCAAGGAGCAGUUAUGUGCAACAAGUCUUCAGAGUGUGAAGUGGGAAAUGUAAAAUCAGGGAGCCAAGCAGCAGGAAGUGCUGCAAGAGAACAGAGAGAAGGCCACAAUGAGACACUUACAGCUGAGGAACUGAGGAAGAGAAGACAAGCCUACUUCGAUCGGCAGCAGCAACAAACUCAGACAAACAUUCCUCAACCAAAAGAUACACAACCAACUGGAAGCUCAGGUUCAGUAAACGCUGGCUGUGAAGGGGACCAACAACCAAAGCCCAGCCAGUGAAGUUGUGAAAGGUUUGCCUAUAUUGUUUACCAGCUGCCUGGAUUGGCAACCCGGUACAGGGUUAGCUUUUCUCCCUCCUCUAACCUUUUGCACAUGCGGACCUGAGGACAGUCAGAAGGCUUACUCCUGGUUAGUUCACUGACUAUAAAGGCUAUAAAGAAGAGGCAGCACUUAAUCCGGCUCAGUGAAGUACUGAGAUGGGGAAAAGAUUGACGAGACUCAUGAUGCAGUUAAUCCAAGUUUGCGAUUGCCUUUUUAACCAUGGCGCCUUCUCUUUCUAUUGUAUACAGUUUUGUAUUCUUUUUUUUUGGCUUUUUUUUUGGCUUUGUCUGUUUUUUGUUUGUUUGUUUGUUGGGUGAAAGACAAGCUACCCCUGAAUAUCACAGGAAGGGUGUGUUUUGUUAUUUUGUGGUGAUGACAUGCUGACACAGGCAUUCUAUGAAAGCCAUAUGAGACCAAUGCUUUGGACCAUAGAUAAAAGCUUUUAAAGCUCUUUUCACAUAUGGGAUAUAUAAUGUUGCUGGCUUCAUCAGUAUGUUAAAAACGAUGCUGUUGUGUCAUUCAGAGAAAGGUCACUUUUACAUUAAUGUUUCUCACUGCUUCAUUCAGACAUGACCACAACAGAGACACAGAGAAACGCAGUAUGCACAUGACAUUUGGCAUAUUGUCAGCACUGACUCUAGUGAAGUGUCAUCAUAUCCUUGAAUAUAUGUUCUUCAGCUACAGAGCAGGAUCUGUGUAUGUGUGUCCUGCACAUUGCUGCAAGAUGUGAGAGCUGCCCCCAACCCUUGCAGACAGGCUUGAGAGAAAUCACACUUCUAGAUUGGGAGUAGCAAAAAUGCUUAAAUCUUAUUGCAGACAUACAUCCUAUUGCUCUUUAUGGUGUUCUUUAGUUAACUGACCAAACUUGAAAGAUUAAAGAGAGGCACACACGGCUAUAUUCUCGUGCAUGUGCCUUUCUGUUAAUGCGACUGCGUGCUGAAAGCUACACAUAAAUCAUACUAAAGCUGACCUAUUAAGUUUGCCAUUGCAGCUCAUACAGAAACGUGACCAGGGUGCUCAAUCAGACAUGGAGUCUGAUUUAGAUGUCAUCAGAUUAAUUGAAAAGAAGAGGUGUUCUAAAAAGGGGGCCAAUGACAGUGAGUCCUGCUUUUAUAGUAGACUUGUGUGUGUAGAACAAAAUGUGAUAAUGUGGAAAAAAGAAACGUUCACAUUACCAGAAAAAAAGAUCCUUCUUAAAACUUUUACUAGCAUUAACAUCUGUGGGUUAUUUAUUCUUUACAUCAUCAACCUCGAUACAUGACAGUCUACAGGUGGUCUCCCCAGGCAUUUAGAGAGCUGCAUAUUUUGGAUGUCGUGGCUUUAUUACUUAUAAGUAUGCAUGUAGGCAUAAUGAAACGUAUGAUUAGGCAAGGCUUACAGACACAAUUUAAGGGUGUCUUGUCCUUUUUGAUCAGAUUGAUGAAAAAAAAUUGUGUAGGACUUUUUGCUGAAUUUAAAUUGCUUAUCACUGAUGCAUUGUUUUUUCUUAUUUUUGUCCAGAAUAAGUGGGGAACAAAGAAGCAUCAUGUAAACAUGAAUAGUUCCAGCAGUGUAUGAUCACACAAGCCAAAAUUCUGGCAUUUCCAGACUUGUUUUGGUUUCUUUUUUUUUUUUUUUUUGAUCUUUGGGGGUUUUUUGGGGGGGACACACGUUAGAAAAUCAAAGAUUCAUUGGUUUCAUUUAUUUGCUGAUUAUGACCUUGAAAAUGGAAAAAAAAUCAACUUCAGUAAAUGAAGAAAAUGUCAAAAAUGUGUCACGUCACCUACCCUUUGAGGAAGUGGUUGAUUUGACUUAUUCUCACUUAUUUUUCUCUACAGGACCGUAAUGUCCUGAGAGUGAGAAUCUGUCCUUGUGACUACACCAAACUACAGCAUUAAAACACUUUACAUUCAUUCAGAACAUUGAACUGACCAUUCAGCGCAAAUGUGUCUUGAUGCCUUCACUAACAUGUUGGAUGUCAUGCAAAGUUUGGCUUAUUGUGCUGGAUGAUUUUUUAGAAGAUUCCAAGAUUUUGUUGCUGUUCUGUUUCCUUUGGAUCUGCUAUUUUUUUUUUCUAUUUAAAAUGCACUUGUGAAAAAUUAGAAAAUGUUGGUAGUUGGGGUUUUUUUUAUUAUUAUUUUAUUCACUGUGUUCUUAAAUUCAUUAUUUUUGUUAUACUUCAUGUUAGAACAGCACAUUCUUUUGUUUAAUAUAUUGGUUCUCGUUCCAGGAUUAAAGUGAAAUUCACUCCCAA